AUGCUGUCAAAUAAGAUCGCGGCCAAGGAGCUCGCGCAGGUCUCCGAGGUCAGCCAGCUCCAGCAGCUCGACACAACGCCUUGGUACCGCAAGAAGAACCUGCGAAAGCUGUACUUCGCCUUGGUGCCUGCCGCCCUGGGCGUGGAGAUGACCUCUGGAUACGACGGGAGUGUCCUGAACGGGCUGCAGGCUGUUCAACCAUGGGUAGACUACUUCAACAAUCCGAAUGGAGCGCUGUUGGGCAUUAUCACUGCUGCAUUCUCCAUCGGCGCGGUUUUUGCCAUUCCCAUUGUUCCAUGGGUCAAUGACCGAUUCGGCCGAAAGGCAUGCGUCGUCGUGGGAAGCUUGAUCAUCACAAUUGGUGUCAUCCUGCAGACUGCGUCUGUCACGAUCGGCAUGUUCGUGGUAUCCCGCAUCAUGCUCGGCUUGGGCAUUCCCUUUGCCAUCAACGGAGCCUCGCAGCUGAUUGCGGAAUUGACGUAUCCACGCGAGCGCGGCGUCAUUACGGGACUGUUCAACGAGUCCUGGUACGCUGGCGCCAUUAUCGCUGCGGGCGUCACGCUCGGCACGUUCUCGAUGAAAUCGAACUGGAGCUGGCGCCUGCCCUCGCUCCUGCAGAUUCUGCCCUCGUCGCUACAGCUGAUCUUCAUCUGGUUCAUCCCCGAAUCCCCCAGAUGGCUCGUCUCCAAGGACCGCAACGAAGAAGCGUUUGAGAUCCUGGUUAAAUACCACGCUGAAGGAAACCGCGAUGACCCCUUCGUUCGCGCCGAGUUCAACCAGAUCCGCGACACGAUCCGCCUGGAGAUGGAGAGUUCCAAGACCAACUGGGCGGAGUUGCUAAGGGGGAGUGCCAACAGACGUCGAGCCCUCAUCGCGGCAUGUGUCGGGCUGUUCUCGCAGUGGAGUGGCAAUGGUCUUGUCUCGUACUACCUGGCCAAGGUGCUGAGCACAAUCGGCAUCACGGACCGCCGGACCCAGAACGAGGUCAACCUGGGCCUCUCGUGCUGGAACCUCGUCACAGGCGUCCUGGGUGCGUUCAUCACCCGCGUUGCAACGCGCAGACGCCAGUACUUGAUCUCCUAUGUGGGCAUGACGCUGCUUUUUGCAUGCUGGACCGGCGCUUCUGCCGACUACGUCAAGACGACCAACCACUCGGCUGCGUCGGCGGUGGUUGCGCUGAUAUUCAUCUACUACGGGUUCUACAAUUUGAUGAUGCCGUUAACAUACGUGUUCAUCACCGAAGUCUUCCCCUUCAUCCACCGCAGCAAAGGCGUCGCAUUGACCCAGGGUUUCUCCCGCGGCGGCUCCGCAUUCAACCAAUUCGUGAAUCCAAUUGGCAUGGAGCGUCUGGGAUGGAAAUACUACAUUGUCUACGUGGUCUGGCUGGCCGUCGAGACCACCGUCAUCUUCUUCCUGUACCCUGAGACCAAGGGACCCAGUCUGGAGGAGGUGGCUGCGGUGAUGGAAGGGUCCGAAGCAAAGAUUGCUGGCUUGACGCUGGGUGAUGGGCAGGGCAAGAGGGCAGAUGUUGAGGUGCAGGAGAUUGAGAAGGUGUAA